AUGCAUGCUGUAAGUUUGAUCAGCAGGUAUAUGGAAAAUCCUAAGGAGAGUCAUCUCUUGGCUGCAAAGAGAAUUCUUAGAUACUUGCGAGGUACUACUAAUUUUGGAAUCGUCUACAAGAAGGGAGAAAAUGCAGAUCUGAUUGGCUAUACAGAUAGUGAUUAUGCUGGAGAUAUUGAUGAUAGAAAGAGUACUUCUGGCUAUGUCUUUAUAUUGGGUUCUGGAGCCAUCUCAUGGUCAUCAAAGAAACAAGAGAUAGUCACUCUAUCAACUACCGAAGCAGAAUAUGUUGCUGCAACAACAUGUGCUUGUCAAGCAUUUUGGCUUAAGAGGAUUCUUGAAGGACUAAAUUUUGGGCAGGAAAGGGAAGUUGAUGCUACUGCAAUUUACUGCGACAACAGUUCAGCUAUCAAACUGUCCAAAAAUCUUGUUUUACAUGGAAGAAGUAAGCACAUAGACGUGAAAUUUCAUUUUAUCCGGAAUCUCGCAAAGGAUGGAGUAAUUGAACUUCACUAUUGUAAAAGUGAAGAUCAAAUUGCUGAUAUAAUGACAAAGCCAUUGAAGGUGGCUUCAUUUCAAAAGCUCAGAGCAUUGUUGGGCGUGUGUGAUAAACCAAAUGUCUGA